CAUCUUCUGAAAACGUUUGAGACACACACAAUAUAUUUCAAAAUAUCAAAGCAUUAUGCCUACAAAAAAACGUAAUGACUCAUCACAAGGUCUGUGUAACCGGUGCAUCCGGUUUCCUAGCUUCCUGGCUCAUCAAGCGACUCCUCUUAUCCGGUUAUCAUGUUGUUGGCACUGUUAGAGACCCCGCAAAUGAAGCAAAACUAGCUCACCUAUGGAACCUUGAAGGAGCAAAGGAGAGACUCCACUUAGUGAAGGCGGAGCUAACAGAAGAAGGAAGCUUCAAUGAUGCAAUCAUGGGAUGUGAAGGCGUCUUCCACACGGCUUCCCCUGUUCUCGGGCAUAUUACAAACCCUAGGGUAUGUUACAUACGUAUGCUUCUGCUUUUAGUUUUAAAUUUUAAUCAUGAUGAAGUGUUUUGCUUCUUCAAUUUGAAUGUUGUUUUUCAGGAGGAGAUUUUAAAGCCGGCUGUUGAUGGGACACUAAACGUCUUACGUUCAUGUAAGAAAAAUCCGUCACUGAGACGAGUCGUGUUCACCUCUUCGUCUUCUACAGUAAGAGUAAAAGACAAAUUUGACCCUGAAAAACCCGUGGAUGAGUCCUCUUGGAGUUCCGUUGAAAUCUGUGAGAAGUAUCAGAUCUGGUAUGUACUUUCGAAAACCAUGGCGGAAAAAGCAGCGUGGGAGUUUUGCAAUGAAAACGGGAUCAAUCUCGUGACUCUUCUUCCCUCGUUUCUUGUUGGACCAAGUUUACCUCCUACUUUAUGUUCUACAGCAUCAGAUAUCCUCGGAUUGCUUAAAGGGGAAACAGAGAGGUUUAAAUGGCAUGGGAGGAUGGGAUAUGUUCAUAUAGAUGAUGUUGCUCUUUGUCAUAUUCUAGUUUAUGAACAUGAAAAAGCUCAAGGACGAUAUUUAUGCAGCUCAACUGUAAUCGACAAUGAUGAACUUGUUUCCAUUCUGUCAUCACGUUAUCCAACACUACCAAUUCCAAAACGGUUUGAGCAGCAUGAUCGACCAUAUUAUGAGUUUAACACGACAAAGAUAACCAGCUUAGGGUUUAAGUUCAAGUCGAUUCAAGAAAUGUUUGAUGAUUGUAUCACGUCUCUUGUUGCACAAGGCCAUCUUUCUAUUCCUUAG